AUGCCAAAACCCACCCCAGAGAGGUGCCAAUUGGCACUCUUUCACAUCCAAGAUGGGGAAUCUAUCCAUUCAAUUGCAGAACAACUUGUCAAAGGGGGGCCAGCCAAGAAAACUCCAGCCUCAUCAUGUUCACUUCCUGGAUCACUAUUUCAAGCUCAAUUCAACCUCCACAGUUGGGAAAGCAUGUCAUGCACUGCAGGAGAUGUUUCAAAUCAAAGCAUGCCCAACCACAGUAAGAAAAGCACUUCAUUACUGUCAUUACAAAGCAUGAAGCUACUCAAGAGACAUUGCAAAGCCCAUUUCAAAUUUGCUAAUGAGCACAAGGACAUGACUGUUGAGGAUUGGAAGAAUGUGGUAUGGUCUGAUGAGAUGAAGAUCAACUUCUUUGGACCAGAUGGUAAGCAGUUCUGUUGGAUUAAGAAUGCCAGCUUCAACAGCAAGCUUGUCAGGCUGAUGGUCAAGUUUGGCAGUGGCUCCAUCAUGAUCUGGGGCUGUAUGACAUGGGAAGGGGUGGGAGGUAUGUGCUUGGUGCUGGGUUCAAUGAAUUCAGACCAAUACAUUGAUAUCUUGAAUGACAAGCUUUUGAAAACAAUCUCAGAUUUGCAGCUUCAGCAUGCAUACACCAACAUCAUGUUUCAGCAAGACAAUGACCCAAAACACAUGUCAAAGAAGACAAUAAUAUGGUUGGAAAGCAAUAGCAUUAAGUAUAGUAUGAUUGCAAAGUCCAGGGAUGAACUGCUCAAGAGAUGUGAAGCUGAAUGGACAGCAAUCACUCCAGAGACAUGUAGGAUGCUAAUAGAGAGCACACCAGACUGCAUCAAGGCAGUUCUGAAGGCCAAAGGAGGGAAUAUGAAGUACUAA